AUGGCUUCUUCGCUGCUGCUGAGUCGCCCGACGGACUAUGAACCGUACUUGUACGGGCAGGGCGAUACCCUGACACUCAACGUGAGCUGGGGCUCACCGUCAACGAAUCCGGCUGACAGCGAGGUUGGCGCCGAGGCCUCGGUGUCUUCCUCGGUGGCCGAGGACAGGCUCUACGAGGUGCCGGUAGAGGUGAUAGUGCUGCUGUCCGUCUGCUACGGUGCCAUCUCGUUGGUGGCAGUGGUGGGCAACACGUUCGUGCUCUGGAUCGUGGCCACAUCGCGCCGCAUGCGCACCGAGACCAACUACCUGAUCGCCAACCUGGCCAUCAGCGACAUCAUCAUCGGCCUCUUCUCCAUCCCGUUCCACUUCCAGGCUGCGCUGCUCCAGCGGUGGCUCCUGCCGCGCUUCAUGUGCGCUUUCUGCCCCUUCAUACAGGUGCUGUCGGUGAACGUGUCCAUUUUUACGCUGACGGCGAUUGCCGUGGACCGGUACCGGGCCAUCACGAUACCGCUGAAGGCGCGUCUCAAUUCCCGCCUGACGGCGCGCGUCCUCAUCGGCGUCAUCUGGGUGGCAUCAGCCAUGGCGGCGGCGCCGUACGCAGUGGCGCUGCGUGUCACCCUGGUCCAGGACGAACGCACGGGCGAGCGCACGCGUCCCUUCUGCCACAACGUGGCACUGCCUCCCAGUGCCUGGCGCAUCUACAACAACGCGCUUGUCUGCUCGCAGUACUUCGCGCCCUUGCUGGUCAUCUGCUACGUGUAUGAGCGCAUUCGCCGCCUGCUCAAGGACUCCACCAUCCCUGGAAACCCGGAGUCCGUGCGGGACGCCAUCGUCGUCAGGAACAAGAAGAAGUACCUUGAGAACCUCGAACGGUCGCGUAGCAGCGAAGGGCAGCACCGGGGACGACGCAGCAGCUUACAUUUGCGGCCUGUUGUCAUUGCAAGCACGUCGGAUCGUACACUGGCGGGUCCUUUGCAGGCAGCGCAUGCAACGGCCGCGCUGGCACAGCUAGUCGAGCGAAAGCCCAAUGCUGAGGGGUUAUGA